GGUAGAUGUCACAGCUGUGUCAAUAGCAAAAUGUAUCUUUUCAUCCCAUAGCUUCUUUCAACCAAAUUUGUCCAGCAGGCCAAAACUAGAUAAAGCUCUAAACGUUUCCCAGUGUGGGAGGCAUGCGGGGUGAGAGAGCCAUGUUCUGGCUGUCACAUCCUUGCUAGGCUGCUGUGCAACACUUUUGUAGCAGCACAGCCAGGUGUUGAGUCUCUGUGGUUUUUGUUUUUUGAGAUGGAGUCCCGCUCUGUCACCCAGGCUGCAUUGCAACGGCCUGACCUCGGCUCUCUGUAACCUCUGUCUCCCAGGUUCAAGCAAUUCUUCUGCCUCAUCCUCCCAAGUAGCUGGGAUUACAGUCACCCGCCAUCAUGCCCAGCUAAUUUUUUGUAUUUUUAGUAGAAACAGGGUUUCACCAUGUUAGCCAGGCUGGUCUUGAACUCCUGACCUCAGGUGAUCACCCACCUCGGCUUCCCAGAGUGCUGGGAUUACAGGCCUGAGCCACCACGCCCAGCAGAGUCUCUGUUUUAAAGUAUUCUGUUACUUCCUCUGGGUGUUACAAUUUGGAAACUGCAAUAACAUUUCAAGCUCAGUCCUUUUAGUAAUAUUAUUUUUUUAUCCCAAGUUUCUUAAAGGGCCAGAUUGUAAAUAUUUUAGGUUUUGUGGGCUUUGAAACAAAAUCAAUAUUGUGUAGGUGCAGUCCUUGGUAUUUGGGAGAUUGGUGCCAGGACCCCCUCAGAUAUCAAAAUCCGUAGAUGCCCAAGUCCUGAUAUAAAAUGGCAUAGUAUUUGCAUAUAACCUAAGCACAUCCUCUAUGUACUUUAAAUCAUCUCUAAGCACUUACAAUACCUAAUACAAUGUAAAUGCUAUGUAAAUAGUUGGUAUAAUGUAUUUUUUAAAAUUUGUAUUUUUUUCCAAAUAUUUUCCAUUCACAGUUGGUUGAUUAUGCGGAUGCAGAACCGUCAGAUAGAGAGGGCCAACUGCACCAUUUAAAAUGUGCCACUUAGAAAUCCCCAUGGCUGGGGGUUAUGGAGUGAUGGGUGACGAUGGUUCUAUUGAUUAUACUGUUCAUGAAGCCUGGAAUGAAGCCACCAAUGUUUACUUGAUAGUUAUCCUUGUUAGCUUCGGUCUCUUCAUGUAUGCCAAAAGGAACAAAAGGAGAAUUAUGAGGAUAUUCAGUGUGCCACCUACAGAGGAAACUUUGUCAGAGCCCAACUUUUAUGACACGAUAAGCAAGAUUCGUUUAAGACAACAACUGGAAAUGUAUUCCAUUUCAAGAAAGUACGACUAUCAGCAGCCACAAAACCAAGCUGACAGUGUGCAACUCUCAUUGGAAUGAAACCUCAGAAAAUGAGCAACAGAAGUAAUUGUUUCAAGCUCCUGAUUCUUUCUACUAAAUCAUGAACAGCUUUAAAAACAUUUCUGUCUGCAUAAAAUUAUUUUACUUGUAACUUUUCCCCAAUUGUUCUGUGCAUUGUUUUGCCUUUUUAAAUUACAUCUCCAAGUGGCUCAAAAGGCCUUGACACAGGGAACCUGCACAUAUCCAGGAUAUGUGUAACCAGCGAUGGUGACUUGACCUUGCCAAGACCUGUGAUUCCUUCAGGAUACAAUCAGUGAGAAAUAAAAACACAUCUUGGGAAGUGGGAAUCCUGGAGUUUAUGCCAUUUGCAAUAUUAAAAAAUAAAAACGCAAGUUAUUAUUUCAAUAAUAA